AUGGCCGCCGAACAAAGGAAGCUGCUUGAGCAGCUUAUGGGUGGCUCCUCUUCUUCACGCGCCGCCCAGCUCUCCCUCAAUGAUCCGAAAGUCUGCCGCUCAUAUCUCGUCGGUACAUGCCCGCACGACCUCUUCACAAACACCAAACAAGACAUUGGUCCCUGCCCUAGGGUUCAUAAUGAAAACCUAAAGUCCGAGUACGAGGGCCUUCCGGAGAAGGAGAAGCAAAAGUACGGAUUCGAGUACGACUACAUGCGAGACCUCCAAAAGUAUAUCGACGCGUGCAAUCAGAGGAUAGACGCCGCCCAGCAACAUCUAAAGAAGACCCCAGAUGAAAUUAGGCAAACCAACCUUCUGUUAAAAACCAUCUCCGAGCUCACCUCGACCAUUAACAAUGGCCUCCUCGAAGUUGAAAUUCUCGGCGAGAUGGGUGAGGUGAACAAGGCCAUUGAUGAGAUGUACCGUGUGCACCAGGCCCGCCAGUCCAAGGUUGAACGCGAGCGCGAGCUCAAGGAGCUGUCAGACACAUCCGGCCCGUCAGGUCAUCAGAAACUUCAGGUGUGCGACGUCUGCGGUGCCUAUCUCAGCCGACUCGAUAACGACAGACGCCUAGCGGACCACUUCUAUGGGAAGAUGCAUCUAGGGUAUGCGCAAAUGAGGAGGACAUAUGACGCCUUCCCCAAGGAGAUGAGGGGCAGGAUUAGGCCCCUAUGGACAUGGAUGGUCCUGGCUCCGGUUCCUCGUCCGGGCCGCGCGGACCGAGGGGCGGCGGGUAUCGUGGAAGAGGAAGGGGCUAUCGCGGCGGCUGGUAAAGGAGCACCGAGCGUGCUGAAAUCAAGAGCAACGAGAACGGUGCAUGGCGCAAUUUCAAAUGGUUUACGGUAG